AUGGUGUCCUUUACUGAGGCGAACCAAGACAUGGUGCAGCAUCCACACAACUAUGCUCUAGUAGUGACCCUCAAGAUUGGAGAAUGCCAAGUAAGGCACAUUCUAAUCGACCAAGGUAGCUGUUGUGACAUUAUGUAUGUCAAAUGUUACAAGAAGCUUGGCCUUCACCAAGAUGAUUUGGAGCAGUCAGAUAGCCCAAUGGUUAGGUUCAAUGGAACGCCGACAUGGCCCCUAGAAGAAAUAAAUUUGGAUGUGCAGGCAAACACCAGGAAGGCCAUGGUUGCACACAAUGAGGGUUAUUCCAUCAACACUGCACCAGCUGUUGCGGUUCUCAAUGAAGCAUGGAAUUAA